AUGGCUUUCAACCCCAGUCCUCAUGUCUUGACUCUCGACAAUAAGUCCCUAGACUUGUUCAUCCAUAGGACUGAUGACAAAUUCCGUGAAUGGUAUCGCCGCCGCAGCCCCGUCGAGGUCUGGCUCGACGUCCUCCGCAAUGCUUCCGAGUUCGACGAGUGGGAGGAAGCCGCCAUCCGGCUCGACACUCUCCUCGGCCUCGACUUGUGGCGCAAUAACCCGAUUAGCCGGCAUUACGAUUACAAACUGAUCAACGAGCGGCUGGAGAGCAUCGAAGUUGCGCGCGACAAUGGCGACGUCAAUGCGCUCGUCAACCUUUUGCGUAGCGGCCUCGUUCGAAACCUCGGUAACAUUACGGCACCUAAGCUAUACAACAAGAGCUUUGCGGGAACCAAGAUCCUGAUUGAGGAGUACAUUACUGCGGUUGCGGAAGUCAUCGAGGAGAUUGGGAUGUUGCCGACGACUAGGAGAACCGGAGCCAACUACCCCAGCAACAGUCUUAUACCUGGAUUCAGAGGAGCAAGGCCUGUUAGUCCCGGGUUGGCGAGUUCUGACGACGGCAAAGACAGCGGAAACAGUACUGCGGGUGGUGGAAGCGGCGGCAACACUAUGGGUUACAUGUCGACACAAAUGAAGCUCGAUUUCAUCCACGAUACUAGACAGGCGUUCGGACGGAGCACCCUCGUAUUUCAAGGCGGCGCUAUCUUUGGUCUCUGCCACCUUGGUGUUGCCAAGGCACUGUUCCUACGAGGAUUGCUCCCGCGGAUCAUCACGGGCACGGCGACCGGAGCUUUGAUUGCCGCUCUCGUGGCCGUUCAUACGGAGGAGGAGCUGCUGCAUGUCUUGAGUGGCGAAGCUAUUGACCUCUCUGCCUUCUCGAGCAAGCUUGGAACUCCCGGGAACGGUGAAAGGAGGGAUAAGAGAGAUUCCUGGUGGACCAAUCCUUGGUCGACUCUGGUGCGUAGAGUGACUAGGUUCUGGAAAGAGGGCUACUUCCUGGAUGUCAAGGUGUUGGAGCACUGUAUCAGGUCCAACUUGGGCGACCUCACGUUCGAGGAAGCGUACAACCGUAGCAAGAGGGUACUGAACAUCACGGUCGCCACGGCAGGACAAGGGGGUGUUCCAACCCUUCUGAACUACCUGACAGCGCCCAAUGUGCUUAUUUGGACAGCAGCGCUAGCAUCCAACGCCUCAUCCCCAUCGCUUUACGGCGACAGAGAAACUAAAAUCCUCUGCAAGGACUCCCAGGGCAACAUCGUCCCCUGGAAGCCAGCCAACACAGUCGACUUCCGCCACUGGACGCACGCCUCGUACUCGGAGCGAGAAUCUCCCCUCCAGCGCAUCGCCGAGCUCUUCAACGUCAACCACUUCAUCGUCAGCCAAGCGCGCCCCUACCUGAUCCCCUUCCUGCAAAGCGACAUGCACGGCCCUUCCCUCUUCGAGACCCGCAACAAAACCAUGUCGGCAACCGCCUUCCUCGUCCGCAUGAUGGGCCUCGAGAUCCGCCACCGGCUCAGCCAGCUCGACACUUUGCGUUUGCUCCCCGCCGGUAUCCGCCGCUUCCUCGUGGACGAGCGCGUCCCCGGGGCGAGCGUGACGCUCGUGCCCGAGGUGACGGCCGGCGACUUUAUUAGGUUGCUCGAGACGCCCACGAAAGAAACGCUCCAGUACUGGAUCCUCCGCGGCGAGCGCAGCGUGUGGCCGGCCGUGGCGGCGCUCAAGAUCCGCUGCGCUGUCGAGACGGAACUCGAUCGCGCGUAUCAGCAGGCCCGCAGGCUCAAGGCCGGCGGGUUGAGGCGCAAGGCUAGUAGCAUGGGCCCGAUGACGUCGGCGCAGUCGGCACCGUCGCCGAGUGGCAGCGAUCGGGAGCGCUGGGAGAGGGAGAGGGAGAGGAGGUCCGGGGCGGGCAGGGCACAGACUACUGGUGUUAAUUACUAGUAGAGUGCAAUAUGUGUCGUUGUUUUCUUUUGUGUUGGUGGGAAGGUAAAGUUGAGUCAGGACUUGUGUGUGUGGCCGUUCCAGGCCUGAUACCCCGGUUUUUCAACUAUGCAGCCUGGUUGUUGGCAUGUAUCAUUCAGCUUUUUUGCUUGUUAGCAUAUACUACAUACUACAACUACCUAUGGUGCCGCUCAUCUGCCCGCCCAGCUGAUUCGGAAAACACAGCAAGCGUGAAGUGUAGUGUAAAAAAAAAAUCCGGUC